AUGGCGCGCCUACAGGGCGGUAAGAUUCGGCAUGAGAGGCAUGGCCAAAUCAUGCAGAUGAUUACGACGGCUCUGCUGUGUGCGGUGGCUGGAGCGGAGGAGCUUUUCCUUGUCCUGGCGGUAGUGGUAAUGCGGCAACUUCAAUGCGUUCCCAACUCAAACCAAGCUCCCAACUAGAAACACGCCGCCAGGUGAACUGUGCUAACCCUGACUUCCAAGCACUUGACCGCUGGUGUGGCGGAUGACUCGCUACCUCCCUCAAGGGGUGGGGAUGCACACGAAGUCCGCCGUAGGAUAGGCGGCUACCCCGGUCACUGGUGCGGGUGAAAAGCUGUCCCAACCACGCCCACCACGCACGCCGCCAGCACGUUCUUUUUAACACAAUCGUUCACCGGAAUAUGACCCCAACGCGUGCCGGUUCCACACCAGUUGCCUCAGGGAUUGAUAGCUAUGCUCUCGGAGUACGUGUCGUGUGGGUAGGGAGCAAGAAAAAAAAAGAAAUAUGGGUUUCAACCCGAAAAACGCUCAAGAUUUCAAAAAAAGUAUCGCCUAAGACAUCGGACACGGCUAAAUGGCCGUGUAAUCAUAACGGACUUUACUUAUGUGACAGAGGAAGUAUAUUGUAAGGCCUGGUGUUGGUAGUGGGUAUUGGCGUCUGAGCGGUGGGAGCUGGGCCAUCGGGGCAGCGGACACCAUUUUCACAGCUGGGAUCGCGGCCAAAGGGGGCGAGGACAGCAGUGUUAAGGAGGACCCGAUUCGCAGGGUAUCCGUCGAUUGACUUUAUCCUGAAUCGGCACACCUUCGCAUAUGGCGUCAGCUGGAUACUGGUUCGAAUCUCCUUGGGUGCACACUUUUUCUCCUGACUUGGAUAUUUUCCCAUGGACACAAUGUGUGUCAGUCCUGAGAAAACCUCUUGGAGUCGAUCCUACAAAGAAUCUUGUGACACUUCCAUCGAAUUACCCAUCCUGGCCAUAAGAGGUUCCCAGUAGAGGGUAAAUUCUGU